AUGGCGGUUUCUGCAUCGAAACUGCCGCUUGAACCUAGAGGGUCCAGCGACUCCGAUGGCUACACAGACAGCCUACCAGAUGUGGUCCUCUCCGCCGCCGAUUGGUUGAUGCAGUCUGGUCCGGAGCACCCGGCGCUGGUGUACCUGUGCGAGGAACGACUGGAGCUCCUCCCCACCUCCGACCAGAUCCCGGGAUACGGACCCGCCAUCGCGCUACACUCAAAGGACCUGCUCGAUGUUCUGUCUUGUAGAUGGCUAAACGAUGAAGUCCUGAACGCGGGCAUGGACUGGAUCAUGCAGCAGCACUCGCGUUCGACGGCGCGCGUUCGUACUGUCAACUGCCUUCUCCUCGCUGGUCUAUCAGCCAUGCGACGUCGUGGUACUUAUAAUCCUCGGCGGCGCUCCGCUCUUGACGUCUCUAUUUGCUCUGGGGAGGUUGACGUCCUGUUCAUUCCACUCCACGUCGAUGGCAACCACUGGACUCUGCUCAAGAUCGACAUUGCGGCUGCGACAUAUGCUUAUGCGGACUCUCGUAAAGCGUCAGCCAAUCCACCUCGAGAGGCCAUGGACACUCUUUUCUGGUGGCUCUCGCUUCUUGUCCCCGAUCUAGCGACUCGCCCACUCAGCGCGGUGGAACCUUUGUGGACAGUGCCAGUACAGGAGGAUGGUGAUUCUUGCGGAAUCGUCGUUCUCAGCUCUAUCAAUGCUAUCCUGCUGGGAGGCGCUUCGUGGUCCCAGAGCAGUGCAGUCCGCCAUCGUCUGGAGUGGUUCAUACGCCUCACAGCUGGUUUGACGGAAGGCGACGAGGACAUCGAAGGAGAGCUUGUAUCUGACCCCGGGGAGUUCGCGGCCCCGGCGGAGGAUGACGACACUACUAGCAUGGACACUCUGCCAGGCUCGGUAGAAUGCGGUACUUCGAGUGCGCAGACCUGCACAGAGGCAACAGCCACGCCAUUCACCCUCUCUCUUGACGUCAUGGAUUGGGAGCUUUACGAUGGCGAGGGAGCUACUGAAGACCGUCAGGACCUCUCGGCACCUUCUCAACCUCAAUUCCCUCUAACUCCUCUUCCGUCUGCGACAUCCUUCACCUUCCAGCAAGCUGCUACCCGCAGUGUUUCAUCUACUACUCUCGCGUCUUCAAGUCCGCCCCAAGUUCCCACUGAUGGCCAAUCUGUGAUUGCCAACUUCUUCGCCCCACGCUCCUCAUCCUCGUCCGCUCAUCGAAAGCCCCCAGUCAAGCGCCUCCUUUGCUCCCCUGAGACCACCCGGGAAACGUCCGUCACACCCCGUCCGCCCAAGGCCCAGCGGGAGAGUCUAUCUCAUUCGUGGGCGUACCAGAAGGAUCUCGCGGUACGGGCUCAGGAGCCGGGCUUCGAAGUCAACGCGAAGAAGAUGGCGAACUUCCGCCAGAAAAUCCUUGCAGAGGAUUCCCAUGCGCUCUUCGAUGACACGAAGCCUCUUCGAGCGCGGUGCUCAGCGUGCGGGUUUUGGACGGUCGCUAGGGUGCUAUACGAGGUUGCCGGCUGGAGGAUACACCGGAAGUCGGACAAAUGCACGCAGAAUCGCAGGAAAGGGCUGGUCUCGACGUCUCUCUUAUCGUUGUGGCAGCCUGCAUCGAAAACUGCGCUCAAGGUCGCUUCCACCACUGCCCAGCCUGAGCGAGCGAACGUACUGGUCCCAUGCCCUGGUCUUCAACGCGCUCAGGACAAGCGUAUCGCCGUCUACCUCGCUCGCACCUCCACCAAUGGUGGCGGGGCCCCUUCUCGUGCCAAGAUUGCCCUACAGCUCUUUCAAAGUUCUACGCGGCCCAAGGACGAUUGCGCAUGGACAGCUCUCACGUACGAAGAGCGUCAGAUGAUCCUUCGCCGGGAGCAGAUGCUUUUUCAGUGGCGCAAUCUUCGAUCGGUCGGCGCUGUGUAUUCAACAAGCUGUGAGCGCGAUGUCGAGGUGCCAGACGUCCAGGCACAGCCAACGCCAUGCGAGAAGUGCCGCGCUCUCCUUCAUGUCGGAGUCUUCCGUACGCAACUUAACAGGCCCAUGCCUGACGAGAGCGAUAUGAAGUACACCCCGAUUCUCUAUCGGAACAAGGAAGAAGGCGACAUCUACCUCAAGUACAAAGGCUUGCGCCAGCUGAUAGAAGAGGAUGACGGCCGUUCGCCUUGGCUUAAAUUCUCGCAAGGUGUCGUGGCAGGCCAGUUCCAGGACUGCCAGAUCCUACUUGGCGCCAUUCAAGCGAUGUACAUCAAGAGCGAGCGCGUCGGACAAGGGAAGAGUCUGCGGAACAUGACGUACUCGCGGAUCUUCUCGGAUUUCACCAACGUCCUUGCAUCACUUUCCCCGAGAGCCUACCAGACAUUCCGUCAGCACUUCGGUGGCCCACACGUCCGCACUCUGCAAAAGCACCGAGCACGCCUUCCCCGGUUCCGGCCAGGAAUAUCUCCUGCCAAUAUCACGCUUGCGCUCGACGUCCUGGAGAAGAUCGACUAUAAGGGCCCCGUAGUGCUGGCUUGGGAUGAUACUGCGCUGGAGCCUGGGGUCUCCGUCUGGGAGGAUGCGACUACUGGGGAAUGUUUCAUUCUCGGAGGCUCACAAGGGGUGAUUCAAGUCCCUUCUGUGGAUGAGUUUGACGCACUUUUUGAGGAGGCGCAAAAGCAGAAAGCCACUAAGAUUCGCCUAUAUGUUCUUAUAGUCCCCCUUGCGAAGGUUCCACCUAUCGUCAUCGCCGCUGUUGCCCGCGGGGGAACAGAGGAUGCGGCCACUCUGUUGAGUUUGCACAAGGAGCUCCACGUGCACCUCCACGCUGCGGGUAUCUACCCUGUCUCAUAUGCGGCCGAUGGCACCGAGGUCGAGCGAGCUCUACAACGUAACAUCUUGGCCGAGGCUGAGAACUACCUCCCCUACACGAUCCCCAACGACAACGUUGGCUGCACCAUAAACCUCCAGAUACAUCUGAUCAACAAACGCCCCGCUGUCAUUGUUCAGGACCCGAAGCAUGCGCUGAAGACCGCACGAAACCAACUCUUCACUGGUGCCCGCAUUCUCGUCUUGGGCUGUCUCGCACUUUUCUUCGCGCAGUUGAUCAGGCUCGCGCUGCACCCUCUGGCGCCUCUCUUCCGACGCGACGUUGAGAGGGUCGACAAGCAAGACGAUCGCGCGGCGGCGCGCUUGUUCUCAGCGGAGUGCUUGGAAGUAGUCCUCCGUUACCACAGCGAUCUACGUGCUCUCGCGGUCUACCUCUUCGUCCUCGGGGAGCUUGUUGAUGCCUGGGAGAACCGUCACAUCACCCAUCUAGAGCGCGCCAGGAUGGUAAUGACCGCUCGCUUCUUCCUGAUGGCAUGGCGUGCGCACGUGGAUCGACACCCGUCCUACUCGACUAGCGUCCAGUUCAUAUCCCGCGAGUCUUUUGCGAUCUUCAUGGUGCUCUGUGAUAGUCUUCUCAGCUUGAUCAUCACUUACCGUAACUACUACCCGCACCACCCAUUCAUGCCCUGGCUUCACUCUACUGCGCCGUGCGAACACAUCUUCGGGAUCCUGCGUCAGCUGAAAAAGGAUUUCAACUUUGCGGACCUCCUCUACCUCGAGCCGAAACUCCGCACUCUCCUUCUCGCAGCCUUCGAGAGACUAACUCCCCUUGACCGUGGAAACGACAAAGCUGGUGGUUAUUAUCACACAUACUACGACACGACAAAUAUGAACCUGGACAACUUGCGGAGCUGGCCUACCGACGUGGAGAUGCAGGACGCUUCACAGGCGGCUUUCCGUGACGCCAAGCAGCUCCUCGAAUCCCUGCAGUUGAAUGCGGAAACUCUCCUGAAGCUGUACAAACCUCCUAUGCCCAAGCCACCUGCGCGCCGUCCAGGCCACGCUUCCCCGCAACUACCAAGAGCACCGCAGACAUUAGCGGAGCUGCUCACGCUCUACGCGCCUGUUGCGCUCGACCCUGUCCAGGAGAAGGAAGCCAAUGCGUGCGAAAUUGCGCUGGUUGCAGAAAGUCUUGAUCGUACCUUGGCAAUCGAUGCUCUCCCAAAAUCUUGCGACAAGACCGAGCUUCCAGCGGUGCUGCUGACAAUCAAGAAGCAGCUCGAGGGUCAGGAAAGCCCAUCAUCCCAGCCUGACGGAGCUGAUGCUGAGUGCAGCGAUAGCGCCGAGAGCAGCAGCCACACCGAAGACAACGGUGGCGUUACUUGCAUGGAUGAGCCGCUCUACGAUUCGCGCACACGCGAGCUGUCUAUAGCCUAUCAGCAACCCCGGGGAUCUUCGAUUGGCAAUGACGAUGACGCUUCUGGAUCGCUUUCGCUCCGCCAACAGCUCAUGAAACGACUGGCUUGUCUAGUUCCGGAGAACGAAACCUUCAAUGCUACAUCUGGUGUCGACCGACACAAGCGAACGUUGCGCACUGUGUCAGCUAAUAACCAUUGCCGCCUUCGUGCAGAAGCAUUCCUGAUCCUCCAGGAUAUACACACCGGAAUCGCACGCGCUAAUCUCAGCCCAAUCAAUCCUCUAAUUGAUGGCUGUUUCGUGGUAGUGUAUGACGCAAAAGCAGGCAACGUACUCCUCGGUCGUGUUGUCACCAUGUAUACGAAAUCCAAUGCUCCCGGCAGCCGACACGAACACAUCACUGCGGUCGACAACAUCGGUAUCCCUUCCUACGUCGCCGUCGAGGUCUUCGUGUUCUCGCACGGCUCUACGUACUCGUCUCUGGCCUGCCAAACUCUGGGCUGCUCCACCCACCUUCGCUUUCCACCCGCUCAAAUCAUCUUCUCAUUCGCGACGUGCGCUAGUAGCAUCAAACUGUCCAAUAUUGAGACACCCGACGGCGGCACACUGACGAUGGUGACGCUGUGUAACUUCUCAGCUCCGAUAUUUGACGCCUUGCGCGAUCGGCACGCUCAAGUUGGCUCCGCGGUCAAGCACCUGACACAACUCAUGAGGAAGAAAAAGUCUGCUACCCUGCCAGCUCCGGGAACAUUCGAUAUAGACGAGCAAGAGGAAGGGGGUUCUUCGAGUGAUGAGGCGGAGGGCGCUUAG